AUGGUUGCCGUCCCAGUGUGGGCCUUGAAGGUCGGCUGUUUCUGGGGCUUUAUAACUUGCGACACUGCCCCUGGUGUUUGGCCUGAUCACAAACCGACUGUCAUUGCCUACCAUCCCCCGACCUCGACUCCAACCUCAACUGCUACUAGUUCUGCUAGUACCACUGUUGGUGUGAGCUCGACGACGAUCGUUACUUCGGCACCUUCGUCGACCCCCUCUGUCUCGGUUACUUUGUCUGUGUCUGACUCUACCUCUAUUGGUAGUGGUUCAAGUACGGUCACUGCAUCGAGCACCACCUUCGUUACUGUUACCUCAUCCAGCUCCGGCUCCUCGGGCUCUUCUUCGGCUUCUACUUCCGGUUCUUCUACGGGCUCAGUGACUGUCACUGUUCCUACCGGUUCUUCAAGCACCCCUGUCCAGAGUGGGUCUUCUUCCGUCUCAUCGGGCUCUUCAUCCAGCUCUGUGACUUCAUCUUCCGGUACUUCGACCAGCUCGUCUACCCCACCAACCUCUAGCAGCGUGACAUCGACGCCUAGUACAAGUUCUACUUCGUCGUCGGUCAUCUCCUCUUCGACUUCCUCGUCGUCAACUGUCUCUCCUUCUUCUUCUUCUUCUUCUUCUUCUUCUUCUUCUUCUUUUUCUUCUUCAGUUGUCUCAUCUACGCCUAGUUCCUCGAGUGCUACUGUGACUACUACCACCAUGUCGUCCAGUAUCUCGGUCUCACCUACUGCCUCUGCCACCCCUAUCAUUAACGCCGCCGUUGCAGCCAACAUCCUGGUCAUUGCCAGAGAUGAUGCUGCUGCAAGCGUGGCCAGCUCUGGCCUCAAUGGAUACGGCAUUCCAUUCACCACUCUGAUUGUCCCCUCUGGUGGUGCCACUCUUCCCGAUCUCAAUGGCACCGCUGGAGGAAACUUCGGUGGUAUUGUUGUUGCCGCCGAAGUCAGCUAUGACUACGGUGACGCAGGCUUCCAAAGUGCUUUGACCACCGAUCAGUGGAACCAGCUCUAUGCUUAUCAGAUCGAGUAUGGUGUCCGUAUGGUGCAAUAUGAUGUCUUCCCCGGUCCCAAAUACGGUGCUUCUUCCAUCGGUGGAUGCUGCAAUGACGGCAUUGAACAGCUUAUCUCCUUCACCGAUACCAGUGAUUUCCCUACAGCUGGCCUCAAGACUGGCGCUGGUGUCAGCACCAGUGGUCUGUGGCAUUACCCUGCGACUAUCAGUAACACUACCUCAACCAAGAAGAUUGCUGGCUUUGGCAUUGCCACAGGCUUCCCUACCGACAGUGUUGCUGCCGUCAUCAAUGAUUUCGAUGGACGUCAGCAGAUGGCAUUCUUCAUCGGCUUUGACACUGUUUGGAGUUCCACCUCUAGCUACCUGCAGCACGCAUGGAUUACCUGGAUUACUCGCGGUCUGCACGCUGGAUACCGCCGUGUCAACCUCAAUACCCAGAUCGAUGACAUGUUCCUAGCGACCGAAAUUUACUUCCCCGGCGGGCAAGAGUUCCGUGUUCGUGCCUCGGAUAUGGUUAACAUUGCCUCAUGGACUGACGAAAUCAAUGCCAAAAUGCCCGCUGGCAGUUCUUACUUCGUUGAAAUUGGCCACAACGGUAACGGAAACAUCGAGAACUCUUCCGAUAGCUCAGACGCUGGCUGGAGCGCUUGCGGAGGUGCUAUUGACUACGACUCACCCCCUGAUACCGAGCUUGAGUGGAUGAAGCCUAUCGGAACUGGCACUAAUCUCUGGCCCGAUGUUCCCACUACUUAUGACUGGACUGCUACUUGCACUGCUAUGGAUGAGCUCCUUGCCUGGUGGACUACCGAGAGCAACCUUAACAAGUUUGGCCACAUCUCCCACACAUUCACUCACCAGGAGCAGAACAAUGCUACCUACAGCGAUGUCUUCAAAGAGAUUAGCUUCAACCAGGCUUGGCUCAAGGCUGUCGGUAUUGACCGGGCUACCAAGUUCACUUCCAACGGUAUCAUUCCUCCUGCCAUCACUGGUCUGCACAACGGUGACGCUCUUCGUGCUUGGUGGGAGAACGGCAUCACCAACUGUGUUGGUGACAACACUCGCCCUGCCCUCAUGAAUGCCGCCAACAACAUGUGGCCUCUCUUCACCACUGUCGCCGCCAACGGUUUCGAUGGUCUGCAGAUCAACCCUCGCUGGGCUACUCGGAUUUACUACAACUGUGACACUCCUGACUGCACUACUGAGGAAUGGAUUAACACCUCAGCUGGCGCCGGUACAUUCCAGGAUCUCCUCGAAGUUGAGAAGGGCGACACCAUGCGCCACCUCUUCGGUCUCUUCCACGACGGUUACAUGUUCCACCAGGCAAAUCUCCGAAACAUUGAUCUUGACCCAAUCACCAUCAACGGUGUCACCAAGAAGUACUCUAUCAUGCAAGCUUGGGUUGAGACCCAGGUUCAGGAAUUCGUCCGCCUGGCUAACUGGCCCAUCAUCACUCUCACCCACCAGGAGAUGUCCGCUUCCUUCCUUGCCCGUUUCAACCGCGACAAGUGCGGCUACUCUCUGAGAUACGCCACCAACAACAAUAAGAUCACUGCCGUCACUGUGUCUGCCACCGGUAACACCUGCGCUGAACCUAUCCCUGUGACCUUCCCCGUUGCUCCUACCAGCACCCAGGGCUUCGCUACCGAGCAGCUCGGUGCUGAUCCUCUGACCGUCUGGGUCAAGCUCUCUGGCUCUCCCGUCACCUUCACUCUCUCUACCCCCAUCUCGUUGUAA